CUGAGCUCUACCAGCUCUACGACCCUGCCCCUGCCAAGCACAGUUUGGAUUUGGAGUUGGACCUGGACCAGUUAGAAUGGUGGUGAAUGCAAAAUUGCGAAGGUGUAGGGAACAAAAUUGUGGGGAAGAAGGUGUCACUGAUGUCGCAUAUAUGACCUGUUGAGUUCACCCCUCACUAGUGAUUGGGGACUUCCAAACUGUUCAAAGAAAAAACGAAAAGAUAGUUGUUGUUUCGAGUGGUUCGUAUCUUGAGACUCGCUUGUGCUGAGCUCGGGCUGCACUGCCGGCUGAUUUUGUGACGUAAUACAGAAACACGAAACACCAGCGUUGAGUGUUGAAGUUCUGAGUGGGCUCUGGUUACGUGUGCAUUCGGACAUGUGUACGUGUCGCGUAAUCUCCUCAGCUGAUCAGGUCCCCGUUUGUUGUUUGUGACCGGUGUGGAAUACAAUCAAGGAACUUCGCAGCACAAACUCUGCAUAAUGCAUACGGUGCUAACUGUCGGACUCAAUGUCAUGCUGUCCCUGCUGGCGUAUUCUGUUACUGUUAGAGCGAUUCCAAGGUUCAGGGAGAGGUUCAUUAAAGCGGGACUGAGUGGCACGGAUAUGAACAAAUCAAAAAAGGUUCAGGUGGCAGAGUCAAUCGGAGUUGUGUCAGCUACAGUGUUCAUGGUUACCGCAAUCCUCUUUAUUCCUAUAGCGUUCUUCAACUACUUCACAGACGCAUCAAACUUCCCCCACAGUGAUUUUGUGGAGCUCCUUGCUGCUCUGUUGUCCAUCUGCUGUAUGCUGCUACUUGGGUUUGCUGAUGACGUCUUGGACCUGAAGUGGCGAGACAAGCUGCUCUUGCCAACACUUGCUUCUCUUCCAUUAUUGGUGGUGUACUAUGUUACAUUUAACAAUACCACAGUUAUAGUACCCAAACCACUUCGCUUUCUCAUCGGAAAUGAUCUCUGGCUAGGUCCAUUGUACUACGUCUACAUGGGAAUGCUUGCAGUGUUCUGCACAAAUGCCAUCAACAUCUUGGCAGGGAUCAAUGGAUUAGAAGCCGGCCAGUCUGUCGUGAUAGCAGCAUCUAUUACAGUUUUCAAUGUGGUGGAAAUAUUUGGAGACUGUUGGAAGAACCAUCUGUUCUCUCUCUACCUGAUGCCUCCAUUUCUGGGAACAACACUGGGAUUACUAAAGUACAACUGGUACCCUUCAGAAGUCUUUGUCGGUGACACAUUCUGCUACUUUGCUGGCAUGACAUUUGCUGUGGUGGGAAUCCUGGGUCAUUUUAGCAAGACUAUGAUCUUGUUCUUCAUACCACAAGUGUUCAACUUCUUGUACAGCAUACCACAGCUUUUCCACUGGAUUCCUUGUCCAAGGCAUAGGCUUCCCAGGUAUUGCCCUGAGCAUGAUCAAGUUGAAGCAAGCACUACAAGGUUCAGGCUGUCAUCAUUAGGACCAUUGGGACACAUUGUCCUGAAGGUGUACAGAACCCUGGGAAUUGUUUCGUAUCAAGUACAUCAGAAUGCUGGAGAUGAUGAUGAAGUGGAAUGCAGCAAUUUUACCCUCAUCAACCUCAUCUUAGUCCUAAAAGGAAGAACUCACGAGGAGAAACUCACCUCUAUUCUCCUUGGCAUACAGGUUGCUUGCAGCAUUCUUGCCUUUGUCAUCCGCUACGGCAUUGCGAGGUUAUUUUAUGACUUUUAGAAACAUGUUUGUUGAUGCCAUUGUUCGACAGUAUAAUACGUAUUGUUGGACGUGUAAUUUAUGUUCAAAUAAACAUGGGCAUUUUUUGUUACAUGCAA